AGCUCUUUUACAAACAUGAUCAUGAAAACAUGUCUAGUGUUCCUGUCCAUCCUUAUUCAUGGUGUUCUUCAUCUUCAGGCUUCUCAUGUUACAAUCAACCAAGAUCUUCAAUCCAUUCUUCAACCUUCUUCUCCAAACCCAACUUACAGAACCGCCUAUCACUUUCAACCUCCCAAGAACUGGAUGAAUGAUCCCAACGGUCCGAUGAUAUACAAGGGGAUUUACCAUUUGUUCUAUCAGUAUAAUCCGGACGGACCUUCUUUUGGAAAAAUAGUAUGGGCUCAUUCCACAUCAAAGGACCUAGUUAACUGGACUCCUCAUCCACCGGCCUUGUCACCGUCUCAGCCCUCCACCGACAGUGGAAGUUGUUGGUCGGGUUCGGCCACCAUCAUCUCCGGCCAAACACCGGCCAUUCUUUACACUGGCCUCAAUCAACAACAACAACAGGUUCAGGCGUUGGCUGUGCCAAAGAAUCUCUCUGACCCACACCUCUUGGAAUGGAUUAAAUCCUCUCAUAACCCAUUAAUGGCACCAACUUCCCAGAACCAAAUCAAUGGAAGUUCCUUCAGAGAUCCAAGCACUGCAUGGCUUGGUCACGACCUAAAAUGGAGGAUGGUUGUCGGUAGCAAAAGAAAUCGCAGAGGUCUCGCGAUUUUAUACAAGAGCAAAGAUUUCAUCCAUUGGACUAAAUCCCAACAUCCCCUUCACUCCGGUAAAGACAGUGGAAUGUGGGAGUGUCCCGAUUUUUAUCCUGUCAAGAUCGAUGGUAAAGAUGGCUUGGACACUUCAACUCCGGUUGGAACCGGGAUUAGACAUGUUCUUAAGAUUAGCUUGGACGAGACUAGGCACGAUCUUUAUAGUAUUGGACGGUAUAAUGCUCGAAAAGAUUCUUAUGCCCCGGAACAUGAAAUAGUGGAUAAUGGAAGGGGAUUAAGAUAUGAUUAUGGAAAGUUCUAUGCUUCUAAAACUUUUUAUGAUAGUGUUAAGAGAAGAAGGAUCCUAUGGGGUUGGAUUAAUGAAUCUUUGCCUAUAGUUGACUAUGUGAAGCAAGGAUGGUCUGGCCUACAGGCAAUUCCAAGGAGUGUUUGGCUAGAUAAAUCAGGGAAGCAGUUAGUCCAAUGGCCAAUUCAUGAGAUAGAAAUGUUACGCACUAAUAAGAUUAGUAUGACAAAUAAGGUGCUUAAAGAAGGAUCAAAGAUUAAAAUUUCAAAAAUUACCGCGGCUCAGGCGGAUAUUGAGGUGUCGUUUGAAGUGAUGGGACUAGAGAAGGCGGAGAAAUUUGAUCCAAAAUGGAGGGAUGCUGAGCUGUUGUGCAACCGAAAACAAAGCUGGACGAGAGGAGGAUUGGGGCCAUUUGGAAUUAUGGCAUUGGCUUCCAUGAAUUUGGAAGAAUUUACUGCUGUUUACUUCACAAUUUUCAAAUUUGGAGAAGAACAUGGAAAGUAUGUGGUCCUAAUGUGUAGUGAUCAAACCAAGUCUUCUCUAAAUGUGAGAACUGAUAAGACAAACUAUGGAGCAUUCUUGGAUGUUAACCCUGUUCAUGAUCAGUUGUCGUUGAGAAGCUUGAUUGAUCAUUCGAUAGUGGAGAGUUUUGGUGGAGGUGGAAAGGUAUGCAUAACUUCGAGGGUGUAUCCGAGUUUAGCGAUUAAAGAGGCGGCUCAUUUGUAUGUCUUUAACAAUGGAGCAAGUCCUGUUAGAAUUUCAAAGAUGAAAGCUUGGAGCAUGAAGAAAGGUGUUAUCAACUAAUUUAAAGAUGAUCACUACUCAA